AUGAGACAGGAGGCCCGCGACCGCGGCGGGUACGAUAGAGGGAGGAGAAGCUGCAGCUCCUCAGACCCUGAUGAUGCGAGACGGACAGCGGUUGCUGCGGCUGCCACAGGGCCUAACACGGAAAAAGAUCUUGCAGACCUGCUUGACAGUCCGGAGUACUACCCUGUCGCUCCUGGUGUUUCUCACGGGGAUGGAGCGGCACUUCUGUCAUCUAUUCCACCACCCAGCGACACAUCGAACAGCGAUGACCGCAAGACAUCGCGUGCCCGUGAGUGCGGACGGCAGCAGCCCAAGGGUGACGCACUGAGGAACUCAGCAUCCUCCGACGUGCCUCAAACCUUCGUAUCACCGUCUCAGGCUUCUCUCAUUGCACCACACAACCAUUCCGAGCAGCAGAAGAAGUACAAACAUUGUGGGCCGGGCCACAGGGAUGGUGCCAACAGCGGCAGCAGCAGCGAUGGAAGCAGCCGUCGUCACCAUGCCAACCUACACUGCCUUGAGAGCGAGGAUGAUUUCCGUCAUCGCCCCGAACACCCGCAACGUUCCCCUGAUGCCAUCUUCAAGGCUGGUCACGGCGGUGCGUCGCUCAGCCGCAACAGCUCCUUCUCCACGUCUACCACUGCUUCUGCAGCUCGCCGCCACUCAGGCAGCAGUCGUGUGUGUCGUACCAGUCGUUCCGCCAGCAGGGUGGGCGAUCUUCGCUGGCAUGCAGGCAGUGACUCAAGCGCGUCGAGACGGUUCUCGCAGGGGCGGCCCAGCUCGACGCAGCCUUGUAAGUCCAUUGGUUUCACAUCACCCUUGUCAGUAUCCCUGGGGGCGGCACGAAGGGACCGGCGUGGCAGCAUUGCUCGCGUUGAAUCUUCCCUCGUUGCACUGCAAGUAGAGCUGGCGGCUGAGAAACGCAACAACAUCGACGCAGAGAACCACAUUACUACUCUGAAUCGCGAAGUAGAUCGUCUGCGCCAGGAGAAUGCGCGCUUGUCGCGCGAGAUGGCGGUUGCCGCGACCGCUUUCCACGGCGCGUCUGCGUCUUCCAACUCGGUCGCCCCCAGCGCUGGUGCUGAUUGUGCUGGAGCGACUUACUCGUCUUCGACACCGCAGGUAAAUGCAGAUGUGGCGUCAAAGCGUAUUGAAGUGCUCGAGGCACGUCUGGGUGAGUUGUCGCGCAACAUGGAGACGAAGCAGCAUGAACUGGACAUGAAGGAUGAGCGCAUUCGCCUGCUGGAGCACAAGCUCGCGGACCAGGUGCUGCUGUACUCGGGGAUGAGUUGCAUGGGAAUGAUGGCGACAGGUCUUCCUCAGGCUCUUCAGCCGGUCGCGAUGGGAGGUCUCGAUUCAGCGACGGCGCCGCGAAGGCAGCAGCAGCAGCGUCGGCCGAGUCGUGCGACCCACAAAGACAGUCACAACAUGAGCGAUGUGGGAGGCCACAGAACACCUUUGCGGCCGUACUGGCAGACACAGGCGCCGGACACAACCCCGGCGGGUCCCAAGAUGAGCGCCAUUCGAUAUGUGAAUGCGCACAGCCUGCAGGUUAGUCCGAGUAAAGACAGCGACAACGCCACUUCGAAGCCGCUUUCAGCGGAGCAAACUCGCAGCACUCACGCUCACCGGCACCACAGUCACGGCACUGGCGGGUGGGAGGAGGGGGCACGCACCGGCACAGGACCGCAACCGUCCGCUUCGUCGCUGCGGGCGUCCCAGCUGGAUGUUAAGGUGAACCGCCCGCUAAGCACCACGAGAGACCUUCGCCAACCAACCACGCGCGAUUCCCGUGCGCGGGGUGAACCUGGCUCGACUGCUUCUCGAGCAGGCAGCGCCGACCACACCAAGAACACCGAGGCAACACCGAGUCGUCGCGGUAGCGGCCUCUCUCCGUGGACGCGACCAGCCACCGACAAGCACAGCUCGUGCAAACGGCGCAGCAGCCGUGGCUCCGUUGCCUCCAGCGGCCAGGCCGGCGGCACUUCGCAACCACGCCCUCUUGGCCGCUCGGGAUCGACAGGCGGUCCUCGGCGCCCGUCCAUACAGCGGCGCCCGUCUACCUCGUUGCUGCGCUCCGUCACCACUGCGACCCGCGAGGGGAACCAGCGUGAGUCGUCCCGUCGCACCUCUGCAGCGUCGCCGCUCUACCGCCAGUCCAGUACUACAGGCUCCGGUGGCCACCCAAUGCACUUGCUCGUUGGUACCAGCGCUGGCGGAGAUCGGCGUUCUCUGUCGCCUGCCGGUUCCACGCAAGGCCGGUCGCCGUUCUUUUCCAUGUUGAACGGCUCCCCGGGGCGCCGCAGGUCUGCAACCCGCUCUGUGGCGCAGCAGAGCGUGCGCUCCGGCACGUCGACUCGCUCUCGCCCGCAGAUCACGUACAGUGCUGACAAGGAGUCUUCGACGAUGAGGGGGAAGACGACGACAGCGGUCUUUCGAAGCAGCAACUGCACCAGUCCCAGCGUGGACUCCUCCCACUGGAGGAACUCCUACGCUCGUGAUGGUGUACCGCUGCUCCCCUCUCGCUUGGCUGCAUCUGCUGGCGCCGCUACUGCACCAAACGGUUCCAUUGAAGUACUUACCGAUCUCCUCUCUAACACAGAGGCUUGA